AUGGCUAAGAGAUCAAAAAGACGGCCGUCAAGACAUGAAAGAGACCCAGCUGGUUGCAUAUCUGGUUUAAUUAAUGUGUUUAGCUUUCGUCAAGGUCGAUCCACUAAACGAUUGCUUACAGACAGAAAGGAAGUGAGCAAGCAAGCUGAGUGCGCUGGCCAUUUGAGUAACAACAUAGUUUCGCCGAGUUCAACUGUAGAGUGUGAAACUUCAGUGGACACUGAAAAGAGUAAAAUGCCUAAGGCUGAUGCAUCUAAAACAAGUGUGAAGGAACUUAUGGAAGAGGAAAUGUGCAAUGAGCAAAGCCCAGAGCAACCAAAUGACUCAAAUUUUUGUUCCGAACAAAUCAAAUCAAAAUCAGGAAACCAUAUGAAAAAGAGUCAAAAGAAAACGAAAAGCUCAGCCAAGUCAUGCGACAUGGAUUUGGACCAAGAUCGCCACCAGAAGCCAUUGUGUAAUUUUAACCUGGAAAGAAUAUUGCAAGAGUUGGCAGAUAUUGACCAGAAAAAAACGAAUAUCCUGAAUUAUGAUGUUGAUAUUGAUAUACCAUCCAGUGAGGCAAUGACUGUAGUCGAGGAGAAGUUAGUUCAAGCAGUAAAGCUGUUUAUAGAACAAAGAUUAAGCAACAGCAAGCGUUUUGGUGACGAGGAGAACAGUUUUCGCUCCCUGGAGCUAACAGAUGCUUUGAAAACUUUAAGUUCGAACAAGGGAUUAUUCUUGAAACUUCUAGAGGAUCCCAAUUCUGAACUGGUUAAGCACAUCCAAAAUUUUGAUGACGCUCACUUAUUAUGCAAAAAGGAUCAAGCGGCCCGUUGUUCGCCGGUUAACCCAAAGCCUGUAGAGUUAAGUAGCCAUAAAAAUCGUAGUUUCUUCCGGAGGAGGACCAAGUCUCUUGAAAGCUUUCCCCAGGGAGUGGAUAAUAAUAAUAAGGAUAGUCAAUCUUCAAAUAAAAUCAUCAUCUUGAAGCCUGGGCCGACCAUGCCUGGAAGCCCGGUGACCGAUAUUGCUGAUAAUGAGAGAAACACAAAUGUAUCUCAGUUCUCUUUCAUGGAGAUUAAAAGAAAGAUAAGGCAUGCUAUGGGAAAAGAGAGACGAGGGAUCUCGCCUGAGAGGCUUUCUCCUAAGUCCUCAAAUAGUAAUAAUGGUGAAAAGAGAGAAAGUUUUGGGUGGAAGUCUCCUAAUAGAAACCAUUUUUAUACGGAAAGAUUCACUCUUUCUUCUCUUAGCUUCAAUAAAGGUGUGCCGGCUGGCAAGUUGAAAGACGAAGGUUCGGAAAGUCUGAGGCUUGGAGGAUCCAACAUUUACAUUGAGGCUAAGAAGCAUUUAUCCGAGAUGGUAAUGAGUGGAGAUGAGAAUACAGAGUCAGUGUCUGGGAAUAAUUCGGUAAAGCCCCUUGGUAGAAUUCUUUCUUUUCCUGAGUAUAAUGUUUCGCCUUGCCUUAGCCCUAAAAAGCACAGAGAUGAAAUUUUCUUAGCUGCCCAAAUGAGAUUAUCUCCACAUGGCAUGGUAAAAAAGGAUCAAAGUUUAACCGAAAAAAAUUCGGGAAGUCAACCCCGUGUCUCCUGUAGUAACUCUGGCAACAAAGAACAAACCAUGCUUGCGAAUGUUGACAAUUCAAUUGGGGAUGAUCGAGAAUAUUCUUUCGAAAUUCGAUGCUUUAAUGAUGAUACUGUAGUUUCUGAAGUUCAACUGGAAAAGGCCAUUGAUAUGUCAUGUCAACCAUCACGUAAUUCAAUAGGUGGAGAUAAUCAAAAUGGAGACACUAGAGAAGUAGACGAUGCAGAAAGUGGUUCCCUGUGCUUCAAAUCGCAUUUAUCUGUGGAUGACCAAGUACUGUCUCCACCCGAUCGAGCAACUACGGAAAUUGAAGAUUUGAAUCGUACAAUCGAAAAGAUUGAGCAACCCAGUCCAGUAUCUGUUCUUGAGCCGUUAUUCACAGAUGGCGAUAUUAGUCCUGCAAGCACUAUAUCUCACCCGGUAGAAAAGGAGAAUCAAGUUGAACCACGACACAUCAUUUUCGAAGAAGAACAAUGUUCCGAUCACGACCAAGGCAUUUGCACAAGGAUCUCACCCGAGGGCGAAGAAUCUGCUUUCGAAUAUGUAGAGGCUGUUCUACUCGGUUCGGGUCUGAACUGGGACGAGUUCCUCCUGAGGUGGCUUUCCUCGUACGAAAUCCUCGACUCCUCACUAUUUGACGAGGUCGAGCUGUUCUCAAGCCGGUCCCACCACGACCAGAAACUCCUGUUCCACUGUGCCAACGAGGCUUUAGAGGAGGUCUGCAAGGAUUACUUCGGGUGCUUUAGUGGAACAUCGAGUACUAAAACUUAUGUUCGGCCGGUGCCUAAAGGGAUGGACCUCAUUCAUGACGUGUGGGAAAGAGUCGAAAAGCGCCUUCUUCAGAAUUCACAGUCUCUGCCUCUCGACGGGCUCUUGAAGAAAGACUUGGUGGGGUCCACCAAAUGGAUAAACCUCCACUCGGAUAUCGAGCUUAUCGUUCAAGAAGUUGAGGAGAUAAUUUUUUAUGAGUUGGUGGAUGAAAUUUUUUUAGGGUGUUUUCAAGAUUGUGCUUUCGAGUGUGAGUUUGACGUGUGUUAUAGCGAGUUCAAAAACAUCGAGGACGUCGAUUCGUAG